GCUAAUAUAAGCUUAAUCAGUGUACCAUGCAACAACGGCUGAAUGCCCAGUUUCGUCAUAUAUAUUCAACCUGACAGCCCACUGGGUAUUAGAAGAAAAAAAAAUUGAAGACGGUGCCAUGAUGAAGUGAUGCCCAGCUGAACAUUUGAUGAAGUUGAUUAUCGAAGUUGUUUACAAGUGUUACCUGUCACAGCUGGUAGUUAAUGUAUCCACUCUCAAAAUUACCUACCUGUAAGCAGGGCCUGGGAUAUUUUAAGGAUGAUUAAGACCUGAGUGACCUAGUAGGUAAAACUGUGACACGGUGUUGUGAUGGAUGUUAAUACUGUCACAGUAAAUAUAUGCAUGUGCUAUGGUUCAACAUGAUAACACAUUGUAUCAGUGCUGCAAUCAGUGAAAAGCCUUAAACGGUCUUUAAGGAUUUUAAAACUAUUUGAGAAAAUGAGGAUCGGAGAUUGUGGAGAAUUUUCCCAGCAAAGUUCUCAGAAUACAGGACUGCAGACACUUUACAGGAAAGAGUUGAUAAAGAAAACUCAAGGAAUGUCGGAGGAUUUUACUCCGUCAUUUGACGCCUCACAGCAGCAAACUGACCAGGAUGUAAACUUUCCUGACAUCCUGGUAACUCAGCGCAACGAAUCCGAUCACACGACUUACCGGCUUUGUCAGUCACAUCAAUGUUUUGUUACCCCAGGGAUGUUACCAUGGAUACCACCUACAAACAAUCUUGACCUUCCAACCAAUGUAAAGGCUUUAGUGUGUGAUUCUGAAGUUUUAGGUGAAAGUUUGAUUCUGGAGAAUGACUCCAUUAAAUUACUACCUCCUGUAUACGUAGAUGAUGAGUGUCAAAAGUCGCCCCACGAAUCAGGAAACAAAGGAAAUUUAAAUCUUACAGAUUGUGCAUGUAAACAUUCCAUGGUUCACAUAUGCACACAAAACAAAAACAAUUCAUGUUUACACUGUAGUAAAAUAUUGUAUCAAUGUAAUUGCCCAAAAACUCAAAAGUCAGAAAUCCGGAAAAUUUCUCAUGAGAAAUCCAAUGGAGUUGUUGUGGAGUGGAGGAUGAACAUCAGAAACAUUCCUCAGGCUUGUGGGCAUCGUAUGGAUAUAGGUCAAACUGAGAUCUGUAGGUGUAACAGAAAUGUCCCUUCACCAAAUAUAUCAUUGUGUGACUUAGAUAUCUCUCAUGUACACAAUCGGAGGAUAUCCGAUGGUGAACGAACAGUACUUUGUGGAAAACUAGAGCAAAAUAACAAUGUUGGUGAAUUAACAGUUCAAUCAGAGCUUAUAUGUGAUCAUGAUCAUUUAAGGGAACGGAAGGAUGUACAUGUCGAUACAUUGCAAACAAAAGGUAAAGGAUUAGACCUUAACAGGAAAAUCAGUUCUGAAGUUCAAGGUGCAGAAAAUUCUGCAGUGAAACAAGAGAACUGUGCUUGUUCUGGACAAACUUUACCCGUCUCAAAAAGUGAACCAGACUCUAUUUUAAACAGUACCCAUCAGUGCAAAAACAAAAACACUUAUAUUACUAGUAGUGGCAACAGUAACUGUGGAAUAUCGUCGAGUCGAAAUGGUUAUCGUGGAAUAUCUCGACAAACCGAGUCUGGGAAGUACUCGGUGUGCCCAAAAUACGAAACUCCUUGCACCAAUGGAAGCUUUCAUUACACAGCCUGGACAAUACCAGACCCUCGUAACCAGAAGCUGACCUGGAACAAACCUCCACUGACGGUCCUUGUAGUGAAGAAGCUGUUUGACGAUGGUGCCCUGACAGCCUUCCUUAACCUUGUCCAAUGGCUUGUCAAGGUAAAGAACAUGCUGGUGUACUGCGAAUCGUCUGUUUUAGAAGAUUCCAUACUUAAGGUGGAUGACAAGUUCAAGGAAAUACAGAAUAAGCUUCAGAUCUUCAACGGAGAAAAGGAUGAUCUGACAAACAAGGUGGACUUUAUCAUUUGUCUGGGAGGGGAUGGUACACUGCUGUACGCGUCAUCGUUAUUCCAGAUGAGUGUGCCACCAGUGAUGGCAUUCAACCUUGGUUCCUUGGGAUUUCUAACUCCAUUCCACUUCAAUAACUUCAAGGAACAAGUCACUGGUGUGUUAGAAGGAAAUGCCAGUUUACUACUGAGAUAUCGCCUCAAGUGUAUAGUUAGCAAGAGGGAUGGCGGUUCACCUAGCAAAACUUCCAUACCAACCAAAGUAGGAGCACGAAUACUGGUUUUUAAUGAAGUGGUAAUAGACCGGGGGCAGUCAUCAUAUCUCACCAACCUUGACCUCUAUGUGGAAGGUCGCCUCGUCACUACAGCACAGGGUGACGGAAUCAUCAUCUCCACACCUACAGGAAGUACUGCAUACGCCAUGGCUGCUGGAGCCUCUAUGGUUCACCCCAGUGUUCCCGCCAUCGUUAUUACACCUAUCUGUCCACAUUCCUUGUCCUUUCGACCAAUCGUAGUGCCCGCAGGGGUGGAAAUUAAGGUGAGCGUGGCUCCUGAUUCACGGAAUCCGGCAUCAGCAUCAUUUGAUGGGCGGGAUCGCCAGGAGAUUACCCAGGGGGACAGUGUGAUCAUCACAACAGCUCAAUAUCCAGUACCCUCCGUGUGUUUUAAAGAUCAAAUGGAUGAUUGGUUUGAUAGUUUAGCAGAAUGUUUACACUGGAAUGUCCGCAAACCACAGAAACCUCUCGCCUCCACUCCGAGUGUAACCAGUCUAGACUCUAUGGACCUCAGUAAUUAGCAUUCCAUUGACCUCUGACCAUGGGUUGACCUUUUAACCUUUAGUCAACCCUGAAUUUUGACCAAUCAUUGACCAAUCAACACAUUCUUGGCAAUAACUUUUGAUAUAUUGGUGCUAAACCUAACAGCCUCUCAGACUUACACAUCCGUCAUCAGUUCAAAUCAAAUACUCUGAUGUCAAAGUUCAAUCAUAGCUAGGCACAGCAUCAACUGGAGAUUACUUUUCAGACCUUACCUAACAAUAUGUGCCAAGCUGGAAACAUUUAUAUCACUUAACUUCUAAUCUGUCAUGUGUUGACUACUUCUUUACUUCGGUCAGCUCUGUGCUGUCUGGCACUUGAGGUGAUGACAAGGCUUCAAUGAUGCUGCUGCUCUGGGGCACUUCUCCAGAAUCAUUCAUCUGUUUUUGAGAUUCCCAACGAUUUACCUUCACAUCUCAGUUGCCUGUGUUUCAUUCCCCUGAGGUUUCCAUCACAGGCCCACUCCAGGAUGCUAGAUGACAUGUCAGUGCCCUAAAUGAGCUACUGUGUACCAGAAAAUUUUCAACGCAAUUUAACUUUUCACCUUUCUUGUCCUCAGUAAUGAUGGCGAAUUUACCACAUUCAAAAUAGAUACACAACAUACUAUACGGAGAAACAACAUGUUAAGGGUGAAAUUAACACUGGGUGAAGAUGCAUUUCGUAGGCGAAGGGCGAAAGUUUGUCUGGGGAAAAGUUUCUAAGUAUACAGAAUUUACACCAAUGGCGGUGCUCAUCCCUGUACUGUUCAACAGUUGCCUCUUGGAGAAGGUGUUUGGCCUGAAGAUCGUGAGAAUGUACCCCCGGCAAUUAGUCUGUACUACAGCAGUGAAUACAUUCAUAUCAUUGUAUUGUGUGUUACCUGAUGUUACAACAAUCAUCAAGAAGUUACGAAAACCACAAUGGAUAUGGUGACAGGAAGGCAAUAAUUAUGAGUUGUAGAUGGUAAGAGAAUGGGUUUUGGUCACCAAUAUUUGUAUACUGCCUUAAUAGUCUGAUAGUAGAACCCCUCUGAAUUAAGCAGUUAUGUACUUUCUUCAUAAAUCUCCCUUAAAAUACAAAACUUGUAUUUAAGAUCCUUUGUAGAUUGUAAACUGUGUUGUGUUACCGUAUUUAUCCUGCAAUAAGCCCAUGCCUGGUAAUAAGCCCACAAAUAUAUAUUGCAUACUGCCAAAAAAAAUUGUUUCAUUGUCCUAUAAUAGGACCCACCACACCCCUUCCCUGUCAGAGAUUAUUUGAUGGUACCGUUGUCCUAUAAUAGGACCCACCACCCCUUCCCCUGUCAGGGACUAUGUGAUGGUACCAUUUUCCUAUAUUAGGACCCACCCGCCCCUUCCCCUGUCAGCGAUUAUGUGAUGGUACCAUUGUCCUAUAAUAGGACCCACCCGCCCCUUACCCUGUCAGAGACUAUGUGAUGGUAACUAAUGGUCCUAUAUUAGCACCCACCCGCCCCUUCCCCUGUCAGAGAUUAUGUGAUGGUACCAUUGUCCUAUAAUAGGACCCAUCCGCCCCUUACCCUGUCAGAGACUAUGUGAUGGUAACUUAUUGUCCUAUAUUAGCACCCACCUGCCCCUUCCCCUGUCAGAGAUUAUGUGAUGGUACCAUUGACCUAUCAUAGGACCCACCCGCCCCUCCCCCUGUCAGAGAUUAUGUGAUGGUACCAUUGUCCUAUAUUAGCACCCACCUGCCCCUUCCCCUGUCAGAGACUAUGUGAUGGUACCAUUGUCCUAUAAUAGGACCCAUCCGCCCCUCCCCCUGUCAGAUAUUAUGUGAUGGUACCCUGGACUUAUAACAGGAUAAAUACGUUAUGUACAGAAAUUCAAUGAAGGACUUAUCAGAAAAAGAUAAUGAAUGCUUUUGCAAAGAAAAAUUGUAUUCAUUGUAUGGAAAGAAAUACUGUAUACAUGAAGACAUUUACUGAGGUAAUUAUACCCAAAAAAUACAUUAAGUAUAAGAUAAACAAUUAUUAAAUGUAAAUUUAAUUCAAUACCUGUAUUUGUUAUGUGUGAUGUUUCUAUACCAGCUUGCAUUUUAGAGAAGUAGUUUUUUUAAAGGAUGGGCAUUACCUUUGCUGUGAGUAUGUUAUCACACUGAAUAGUUUACUAUAUACAUAUGUAUAUGAACUGUUUUUAUUUGUGUAACUAACACCGGUAUAUCUCAUUUGCUUCAAAAUAAUGAUAAACAUAAAUUGCCAACUAGGGUGUUCAAAAUCACACAAAUCCCCAAAAUGGUAAAAAACAGUGUCAAUUCAAAUCAAAUCCUUCUUGGUGUGCGUAGGUUAAAUUUUUAAUUCUAAAUGUGUGGAAGUAAAUUUAUGAAAAGUGUGAAAGUUUAAUGACAUGUACAUGUACCUUUAGCAGUUUGUCACAGUAGACUGAUGUUCUGAGGGAUACAGUGAAGGUAUAACCAUUAGAUGACAAUCCUGUAAAUAUUUGUUGUUUUAGAGGAAGAUUAGUGUUUCUUCACUUAUCCAUAUCCACCAUAUCAAAGAUUAAAUGACUUUUACAACAUAUGUAUCUAGUACAAGAUUUUCGAAACAAGUCAUAAUUAUUUAUUUUAGCUUGCAAGAGGAAAAAUUGUAACAAGAUUCAUAAUUGCAUACAAAACGGAAGCAAAUUUAAAAUCCUCUUAUCAGCGGAUCAAAAAUUUCUGAGAAUAUUGCAAAGAAAAACCAAAAGUGCCUGAAAUGAAAUUCUACCAUGUUUGCUAUUUGUGACACGAUACCAUAUUUAUCCUGCAAUAAGCCCACCCAGAUAUUGCAGGUGAGGAAAAAAUGCCCACCAAUGCUGUUUCUUUGUCCUGUUAUAAGCCCACUCCCUACUUUGAGACAAAGAUUGUGUUGACCCGACGGUUUAUUGGAGGAUAAAUAUGGUAAGAGAAUCUGGUGAUAUCUAAUGUUAUUAAAAAACAUCUCAUUAUUACACUUACAUUAUCGAUGAAAUCAUUCUGUCAUAAACAUGAGUUCAUAAACAAAAGGAUGUGACUUUGAUGUAUUCACACAACAGCAUGGUGACAUUUGUAGAAUUUUCUUCAGGUUUUUCUAUACAACACUUAAGUAAAUCGUGUGAAUGGAAAAAUAGCUGCAAUACUUGAAAAUCUUAUCGAUGAUCAACUCUAUUUGCUGUCCCAAUUUUGUAUAUCUACAUGAUUAUGUACACUGCACCGUUACCUACAGCACUGGCAAAUUAUAACACUAUAAGUAAUGUAAGUAGUAUAGGACUGUCUCAAGCUGAGAAAUAUAUAAAUGCACCAAUAUUAUGUAAAACUUUCUAACAUGAAAUACUAUUGUGUUGAGAAGGUUUAUAAUUAAAACCCAAAAGUGUAGAUAUUUUUGACCCCAGUGCAUUUAUAAAAUACUAACCAUGGUUUUAUUUUAUUGUAGAGAUAAGUGUAAUAAGACAUUGUUGACGAUAUGUUAGUACUUUUAUUAAGAAAGUUCACCAUCACCCCAUCACAACAUAGUAAGACCACCUAGCCAUCACAGAUGUAUCGAGAUCCCAAUGCAACUUAGUCUAUCCAUUAACAAAUUUGAUUCAGAGAGGUUAUUAGCAAGUCAAGUGGAAAAAGCGAAGUACGUACUACUGGUAAUCAACUUGAUAAAUGUCGGAGAAAGAUAGAAAAGGAUCCUUAAUCAAUUGAUUUGUGUAAGUUUUAAGGAUGUACACCUCUGAGAAGUCAAAAUUUUCCUGUAUUAAUUUGUUUUUCUUAUAUGAAUUUUUGGAAA